AUGGUCUCCUACCCAGACUCCCAGGCCGGGAGCAGCGCCAGCGCCGAGCGCGCCUCAUCGCUCGCCAUCCGCCGCCCGCCCUCGGCCGCCUCGCACUCGUCGCGCACGUCGACCAUCCGUCGACACCGCCCGCACCGCUCCGCCGGCUCGAGCUAUGGCGGCAGCAGCGUCGGCCCGCAGAACGAGUUCCCCGUCUUCACCCACACGGGCGACGUGGAGAUUGUCGUCGCCAACGGCCGCCGCGAGAACCGCUACGUGCUGCACCGGCUGAUCCUGACCCAGUGCUCGGGCUUCUUCGCCGCGGGCACGAGCGACGAGUGGGCCACCGCGGGCGAGGGCAGCGUCGCCCAGAACAUGAGCGCCGCCGCCCUCGCGCGCACUCCAUCGGGCGCGCGCCAGGAGAGGAAGAGGUGGCGCUACGAGCUGGACUGGCGCAGCGACGACGACGUGCCCAUGCUGGUGCCCAAGCGAGCCCAGCCCGCGUUGUCCCCCAUGUUCGGCGACGGCGCCCACCCCCCGCCGGCGCGCAACAAGCCGACCGCCCCGCCGUCGUCGUUUCUCCGCAGCGCCAACGCCUCCACCGCCCAGCUGUCGACGUCGACGCCCGCGCCCGCGCGCGCGCGCGCGCCCGUCGACCCCGACGACGCCACCUUCUCCGACUAUGACAACCUCUUCCGCAUCUUCUACAACCACGCCCCCGCCCUCGACACCCUGAACAUCGCCCACGCAUACGUCGAGUGCAAGUCGCUGCUGGCCCUGGCCGACAUGUACGACGCCAUCCCCGUCAUCGGCCCGCGCGUCGACCACCACCUGCUGCGCUUCCAGGGGCGUCUGUGGAAGCAGAUUGCAAAGUACCCCCCGAGCUACCUGAAGCUGGGCUACAUGGCCCGCUCCAAGGCCAUCUUCGCCGAGGCCAUGGUGCACGUCGUCGGCCAGUGGCCGGCCGCCGCGCCGCAGCUCACCAACGCCAUCCCAGACGCCGUGCUGGACCUGAUUGAAGACAAAGUCGAGGACAUGGACGAGCUCAAGCUGAAAAUCGAAGUCAAACUCUUCCGCCUCAGCCUCACCACCUCGCGCGGCGAGCGUGUCUCGCCGAGCAGCAACUGGCUGGACUGGAUGGCCGUAUCGCUCUUCCGCCAGUGGCUCGCCGAGAACACAACACCGCCCCCCGCCCCGAUCCUCAAGUCCCCGCGCGCCCCCGCCCCUGCCCCGCCCCGCGCACAGGAGCACUUCAACACCGGCCGCGUCUUCCGCCUGCUCGGCGCCGGCGGCCCCGCGUAUCUGGGACAUGACGAGUGCAAGCGGUUCCUGCGCCUGCAGCACGAGCAGUACAACCGCGACAACCUCAAGCGGUUUGAGAGGCGCGUCGAGGAGGUCAAGAACAAAGCAAAGGACGCGGUGAAGCCGCUCAUGCGCAACUUCCUCGAGCUUGAUUUGAGAGAGGGCGGGCUGCCGUAUCUGACGUGCACGAGGGUCGAUCUUCAGGAUUUUCCGUGGGAUGAGGGGGAUGCUGCUUUCUGA